UCAAAAGCAAAACGAAAACGUGAACAAUUCUGCCUUAAGUUGUAGUGCUUAGCCUUUUAAAAAAGACUGUGAUUAAAAUUGUGAUGAGUAGGCAUGACGUUUCAAACAGCGCUCGCAUUCAUAUUUACCAUAUUAGCUUCCGUUAGCAUUGUAGCUGCUAUUAUUUUGUUGGGCUGGUUUCUGAUUUGGAAGGCAUUUUUAUCGAAAUUUCGUUUGGUGCGCGAGCUGUUGGGUCAGGAGGAGCCAGAAGAGCAGCCACAACUUCUUGGAGAACAAAAUCAAAACGCACGAGCACGCAAAGCGCGACGUGACUAAUCAAAGCACAAUCACACACU